UCACGCUGUCAUAAUUGUCAUUCUUCGUGAAUAAGCUGUUUUCUUGUGGAAUCGUGCGGCUGUUUAGAAUUUUAACCUAUUUACACGCUAUUAUCUACAUUCAAAGCGUCCGGAAUGGCCUCUGAACGCUACAGUUUCUCGCUGACCACUUUUAGUCCAUCCGGUAAGUUGGUCCAGAUCGAGUAUGCUCUGGCAGCUGUAUCAGCCGGAGCACCUUCAGUGGGAAUCAAGGCAUCCAACGGCGUGGUGAUUGCUACGGAGAACAAGCAGAAGUCGAUCCUGUACGAUGAGCACAGCGUUCAUAAAGUUGAAAUGGUAACCAACCAUAUCGGUAUGAUCUACUCUGGAAUGGGACCGGACUAUCGACUGUUGGUUAAGCAGGCUCGGAAGCUUGCUCAAAAUUACUAUCUAACCUACCGGGAGCCCAUUCCGACGUCGCAACUGGUGCAGAAGAUAGCCACCGUGAUGCAGGAGUACACCCAAUCGGGAGGCGUCCGUCCAUUUGGGGUGUCCCUGCUAAUCUGCGGUUGGGACGCUGAUCGUCCCUAUCUGUUCCAGUGUGAUCCGUCCGGGGCGUACUUUGCCUGGAAAGCUACCGCUAUGGGUAAGAAUGCAAUCAAUGGGAAAACAUUCCUGGAGAAGCGCUACAGUGAAGAUCUGGAACUGGACGAUGCCGUUCAUACGGCUAUCCUUACGCUGAAGGAGGGUUUCGAGGGACAAAUGAAUGCGGAUAAUAUUGAGGUUGGCAUCUGUGAUGCCAAUGGGUUCCGACGGUUGGACCCGGCUGAUGUUAAGGAUUAUCUGGCUAAUAUUCCGUAAGCAGGUGGAGGUUUUCCUAAUUUUUUUCCGAAGACUGUUUGCAUUGAAUAGAUUCGAGAUGGUAACAUUUUUGGUAUUGAAUAAAAUUUGUCAGGUUUAA